UCAGAAUCCCAUUGGAAUUAUAGCAGACACACAUGCAAGACCCUGAGUUACUUUACCACAUUUGCAAUUACAAAACCGGACCGAGACCACCACCCAGAAAGACAAGCACAAUUUUCUUGAGGAACUCUUGCUCUUAAAACCUAUCGGGUCAGGGAUCAGCUGCAGCUGAAGACAUGCCUCGCCAAUUCCCAAAGGUAACCCUGAGUGAGGCCGAGGAGGAGACCCAGUUGCAAGCGGAGAAAUUGUACGCGUCUGCGUUAAAGGAGGAGGACAGCCAGGAUGCCUUAUCAAUGUUCACCGUGUCUGAGGACUGCCCGAUUGGCCUCAAGCAAGCAAUGGAACAUGAGCUGCUCCGGGAGCUGGCCGAGCAACAGUCAGAGGAGACUACCAAAAGGAAGAAAAGCUUGAAGAUGAUUCGUUCCCAGUCAAUGGGCCUGCAGAUCCCAGUGAAUACAGAUUGGCCACGGCAGGUGGCUGCUACGCCCUUCCACUCUCCCAGCUCCACCUGUUCAUCAGUGCCAGAAAACUGUCCAGAUUUCCAGAGGGUCACCAUCAGUGGUGAUUACUGUGCUGGCAUCACAGUGGAGGACUAUGAGCAGGCUGCCAAAAGUCUGUUGAAGGCCCUGCUCAUUCGUGAGAAAUACUCAAAGCUGGCCUAUCAUCGAUUCUGCAGGACAACAGCCCAGUUCCUCUGCAACGCCGGGAAUAUGAGAUGGACCGAGGAAGAUGAGGUUCUACCAGAUAUGUGCCCGUGUCCAUCCGAUGAGGAGGAUCCCUACAGCAUGCAGAACAUCCCUGAGAACCUCAACUAUGAACUGAAGAUGAGGGAUGGGAUAGUGAAUGUGUAUGACAACACAGAGGCCCUGAGACAAAACCAGCCCCACGACCUUCCUUAUCCAGACUUGGAAACCUUUGCCAUCGACCUCAGCCAUGUGCUGGUGAUGAUUGCAGAUGGACCCACGAAGACCUACUGUUACAGACGACUAAAUUUCCUGAGUUCGAAGUUCUACCUCCACGAGAUGCUCAACGAGAUGGCCGAGCUAAAGGAGCUGAAAAGUGUGCCUCACAGAGACUUUUACAACGUCCGGAAGGUGGACACGCACAUUCACGCAGCUUCCUGCAUGUCCCAGAAACACCUGUUGACCUUCAUCAAGAAAACAUAUAAAACUGACGCAGACUGCGUGGUGCUGGACAAGGCUGGCCAAAAGAUGACGCUCCAGCAGGUUUUCCACAGCCUCAAUAAGGACCCAUAUGACCUUACUGUGGACUCGCUGGAUGUACACGCGGGCAGACAAACCUUCCACCGCUUUGACAAGUUCAAUACCAUGUACAACCCAGUGGGAGCCAGUGAACUUCGAGAAAUCUUCCUGAAAACGGACAACUUCAUUAAUGGAGAGUACUUUGCCCGCAUCAUAAAGGAAGUGGCCCAUGACCUGAAGGAGAGUAAGUACCAGCAUGCGGAGCCACGUCUGUCCAUCUACGGACGCUCUCCGGACGAGUGGGAAAAUCUGUCCAAGUGGUUCAUUCAUCACAAAGUACAUUCUCCAAACAUGAGGUGGAUCAUUCAAGUGCCCAGAAUAUAUGACAUUUUCAAGUCGAAGAAGCUGAUACCUAAUUUUGCCAAGAUGCUGGAGAACAUAUUCCUUCCUCUAUUUGAGGCCACUGUAAACCCACAGAAGCACCCAGAACUUCACGUUUUCCUCAAAUAUGUGUCAGGCUUUGACAGCGUCGACGAUGAGUCCAAACACAGCGAUCACAUGUUCUCCUUCAGGAGCCCAAAACCGGAGCAGUGGACUACAGACGAUAACCCCCCCUAUAGCUACUACAUCUUCCACAUGUAUGCAAACACCAUGGUCCUCAACAACCUCAGAAAAGAGCGGGGACUCAGCACCUUCCAAUUCCGUCCGCACUGCGGAGAAGCUGGAUCAAUCACUCAUUUGGUCUCUGCCUUUCUCACUGCCGACAACAUCUCACAUGGACUCAACUUGAAGAAGAGUCCUGUGCUGCAGUACCUGUACUACCUGGCCCAGGUCCCAAUCGCCAUGUCUCCGCUCAGCAACAACAGUCUCUUCCUGGAAUACUCCAAAAAUCCUCUCAGAGAGUUUCUGCACAAGGGCCUGUGUGUGUCCUUAUCCACGGAUGAUCCGCUGCAGUUCCACUACACCAAGGAACCACUGAUGGAGGAGUACGCCAUAGCAGCUCAGCUGUGGAAGCUCAGCCCCUGUGAUGUUUGUGAAAUAGCCAGGAACAGUGUGCUGCAAAGUGGACUGUCUCACCAGGAGAAGAAGCACUUCAUAGGUGUGAACUAUCUGAAGGAUGGACACGAAGGAAACGAUAUCCGUCGGACCAAUGUCGCACAGAUCCGCAUGGCCUACAGACACGAGACACUGUGCAAUGAACUUAGCUUCAUCAUCGACGCAGUGAAGUCUGAACCCAUGAAUUCGCAAAUUAACUAAAAUGGACCUCCUCUCAUUCAACAGAAUCCAAGCAUGUUGAGCAUAGAGUUAUCACUAUUUACUUUUAUCAUGAAAAGUUCCAUUGAGUGCCUCUGAUGAUUAAAUAAUGACAAUAAAAAAACCCAUUAAACAC